AUGUCUGAGAAAGAAGAAGACUAUUCUAGCUUGCCUUUAGAUGAGAGAUUAGUACAUAAAGUAUGGAAGGUCAGACUUGGCGCGUAUGAUGAACUUGGCAAACAAUUUCAAGCUUCCAGAAAUGAUCAAGAUCCAUGUUUUGACAUUAGACCGGAAAUACUUAAGGGGGCAUUGCUUGAUCUGAAUGUUGCCGCUCAAGAAUCGGCAUAUAAUGCAUUUAUCCAAUAUUUGAAAUAUGGAGGCACUCCAGCAGUUGUCAAUAGAUUGAAAAAUGUAGGAAUUGUUGGAGCAAUUUGUGAAAAAGGUUUAACUAGUGCAAGGAAGAGUACAAAAGAAUAUGCUAUUGAAUCAUUGUUGUUAUUAAUUGAAAUAUCUAAAGAUCCUAAUACAAUUAUUGAAGAUAUAGUUCCUUAUUUAGGAAAUAGACUUCCUAAACUUGUGGCUGGUUGUGUUGCUGCUUUGGCAAAUAUCAUUGAGAAUUUUGGUUGUAAAAUUGUUCUGCCAAAGAAUAUUAUUCCAUCAUUAGGCAAAUUAUAUGGUCAUGCAGACAAAAAUGUUAGAGCGGAAACAAAGUCACUUACACUUGAAUUAUAUAAAUGGAUGGGUGAUUCUUUAUCAACUAUUUUAUUUCCUGAUUUAAAACCAGUCCAACAAAAAGAAUUGACUACUGCCUUUGAAGCAGUUAAAGGAUCUGCGGUAGAACAAAAAAGAUUAACCCGGACUCAAAAAGAAGAAUUCGAAAGAGCCAAUCAACAAUCCAACGCUGGUGAAGAUGCUGGUGAUCAAGAUAUUGAGAUGUCAGAUGCAUCAAAUGAAGCAGAAGAAUUUUUUGACCCUCUUGAAUUUGUAGAUCCAGUAGAAGUAUUAUCAAAGCUUCCAGAUGAUUUUAAUGCAAGAAUAUCAUCUGCUAAAUGGAAAGAUAGAAAAGAAGUCUUGGAUGAGAUUGUUCCAAUAUUUGAAAAGGCUCCAAAGCUUGUAUCUAAGGAUGACUAUUCUCCUCUCUUGAGAAUUUUUGCAAAAUGCAUGAAAGAUGCCAAUAUUCAAGUUGUUGAGUUGGCUGCCAGUUGUAUUCGAAUGAUUGCUCAAGGUUUAGGUCCUGGUUUCCAAAAAUAUCAAUCAUAUGUUUUGCGACCAGUAAUCGAAAGAACUAAAGAAAAGAAGCCUUCUGUCGUAACCGCAUUGGAUGGUGUGUUGGAUGCUAUUUUCAAUAUUUCUGGUCUUAGUGGAAUUCUUGAAGAAGCAGUUGCUGGAAUGAAAUUGAAAACUCCACAAAAUAAAAUAGCAGGAGCAAAUUAUGUCCAAAGAUGUCUUGCUGCUACUACUGUACCUCCGAAAUCUGCGGAAAUUGAUUCCAUCAUGGAAAUUGGUACAAAAUUACUUGGAGAAUCACAAGAACCAAUUAGACAAGCAGCCACUGAAAUGAUAGGAACUUUAAUGAAAAUUACUGGACCAAGAGAAUUAAACACAUUCCUUGAAAGUGUGCAAGAGAAUAGAAAGACCAAGAUUGUUCAAUAUUCCGAAACCGUUGAAGUGAAAUGUAAAUCUGUUGCUUCGAAACCACCGUCUCGUGCAAGUGCUAAAGCAUCCAGUCCUGCUGUUGCACCAGCUCCCGCUCGUACUGCUGUGAUGAACAAAAAACCAUUACAUCCUAGUCCUGCUAAUACAUUAAAACCUUCAACCAGAAUGACAAAUUUAUCAUCAAUACCGGCUAAGAGAACUGCAACUUCUCCAGCAAAAAGAGAUGAUGGGAAGGUGGGUAACUAUGGUAGGGGCCUCACUAGUCUCUCCUUGGCGAAGCCACUUCCGGGAAAUCAACUUUCUUCUUCUCCUUCUUUGGGGCAUUCUGAUAUGCAAGCAACUAGAAACCAAGAUGAAAUUAAUUCCUUAAAAGCUGAAAUUAAGAAGUAUCAAUUGCAACAACAAAAAGAUCAACAAAGUAUGAGUGAGUUACGGGAAUUGAAUACUCGAUUACAACAAGAAUGUGAAUCUUUAAAAUCUCGAUUGGAGAACUAUGAAAGAGAAUCGACGAUUUCUCUUAAACACAAGGAUACCCAAUUUAGUCAAUUACGUGCUGAAUUUAAUAAAUCGCGAGAAAGAAUUGCCCAAUUAGAACAAGAAAAUGAGAGCCUUAAGACUAGAAAUAAUACCCUCAAUAGAAGUCCAUAUCGACCAGGAUCAAUAGUGGAUUCUCCAAUGAGAGUCACGUCAAGUGAAAUAAGUUCGGGAGUUAAACGAUUAUCCAUUGAACCUACACCACCUAGCCAUCUUGGAAUCCAUACUUCAAGAUCAUCAAAUGCUAUUUUUAAUUCUGGUAUGAUUUCGGCUGAUUCAAUGGAAAUUGAUAUCUCUAGUGAUUGGAAAAAGGCGGCCGAUGUUACUGAUCAAUUAAGGGCUCGUAUUCAAAGAAUGAAAGCUAGAACUAGGAAUAGCUCCUUGAAUGUAUAG